AAACGCCAUUUUGUGCCGUGGUGCGGUGGUGGUCGUAGGUGGUUACAUGUCAAUCUGCUGGACAUUUAAAUACUUCUAACUUUCAGUGUAUUCCCCCUUUUCAGUUUUUUUAAGUUGAACGUUUGACGUUCAAGAUGACGGGCCAAGGCUUGCCGAUUCAUUUUCAAGAACACUUGCAGCUUACAACAAUUGGCAUCAAUGCUGCGAACAUCACCUUCAACAAUCUUACAAUGGAAUCGGACAAAUUUAUUUGUGUCCGUGAAAAAGUUGGAGAUUCAGCUCAGGUUGUUAUAAUUGAUAUGAGUAAUCCCACAAACCCAAUUCGAAGGCCAAUAUCUGCCGACUCUGCUAUUAUGAAUCCCACAUCUAAAGUUAUAGCACUGAAAGCAUCUUCUGGAACCGCACGUACACUACAAAUAUUCAACAUUGAAAUGAAAAGCAAAAUGAAGGCACAUACCAUGAAUGAAGAUGUUGUGUUUUGGAAGUGGAUUAACGUUAAUACCAUUGCUCUGGUCACCGAGGGUGCAGUGUAUCAUUGGAGUAUGGAAGGGGAGUCGCAACCCCAGAAAAUGUUUGAUCGACAUGCUAGCUUAAAUGGCUGUCAGAUCAUAAAUUACAGGUGUGAUCAUAAGCAGCAAUGGUUACUGUUAAUCGGCAUUUCCGCACAGCAAAACAGAGUGGUGGGUGCCAUGCAGUUAUAUUCUGUUGAACGUCGAGUUAGUCAGCCAAUUGAAGGACAUGCAGCGGCUUUUGCGCAGUUUAAAUUAGAAGGGAAUCCUGAACCAUCGACCUUGUUUUGCUUUGCUGUCAGGACGGCCCAAGGUGGAAAGCUUCACAUCAUAGAAGUCGGUCAACCACCAGCUGGUAAUCAACCUUACCCAAAAAAGGCUGUUGAUGUAUACUUUCCAUCAGAAGCUCAAAACGAUUUUCCUGUCGCUAUGCAAAUCAGUUCAAAAUACGAUAUAAUUUAUUUGAUUACAAAAUAUGGCUAUGUUCAUUUGUAUGAUAUUGAGAGUGCUAUCUGCAUCUACAUGAACAGAAUCAGUGGCGAAACUAUCUUUGUGACCGCACCACACGAGGCAACUGCUGGAAUAAUUGGAGUCAAUCGCAAGGGACAAGUGCUUUCAGUAAGUGUGGAAGAGGAAAAUUUUAUACCAUACAUAAAUAAUGUGCUGCAGAAUCCUGAUCUUGCUCUUCGCAUGGCAGUUCGUAAUAAUUUGUCUGGAGCAGAAGACUUGUUCGUUAGAAAAUUCAAUACUUUAUUUACUAAUGGACAAUAUGCUGAAGCUGCAAAAGUUGCUGCUAAUGCUCCAAAGGGUAUUUUACGAACCCCUCAAACCAUUCAAAGAUUCCAACAAGUUCCUACUCAAGCUGGGCAAACAGCACCUCUUCUGCAGUAUUUUGGUAUAUUACUUGAUCAAGGACAAUUAAAUAAAUUUGAAUCAUUGGAACUCUGUCGCCCAGUUUUACAGCAAGGUCGGAAGCAACUUUUGGAAAAGUGGUUGAAAGAUGAUAAGUUGGAAUGCAGUGAAGAACUAGGAGAUCUGGUUAAGCAAGUGGAUCCAACUCUAGCCUUGUCAGUGUAUUUGCGUGCUAAUGUGCCAAAUAAGGUUAUUCAAUGUUUUGCCGAGACGGGCCAGUUCCAAAAGAUUGUUCUGUAUGCAAAGAAAGUUGGUUUUACACCCGAUUACGUCGGUUUGCUCCGACAAGUGAUGCGAAUCAACCCAGACCAAGGAGCAUCUUUUGCUCAGAUGUUGGUACAAGAUGAUGAACCUUUGGCAGAUAUAAACCAGAUUGUAGAUAUCUUUAUGGAGCAAAAUCUAGUUCAGCAGUGUACCGCAUUCUUGUUGGAUGCUUUGAAAAAUAACAGACCAUCUGAAGGUAGUCUACAAACUAGACUUCUGGAAAUGAAUCUUGUAACUGCUCCUCAGGUUGCCGAUGCCAUCUUAGGCAACCAAAUGUUUACGCAUUAUGACAGAGCUCAUGUUGCACAGUUGUGUGAAAAAGCUGGCCUUCUUCAGAGGGCACUGGAACAUUAUACCGAUUUGUAUGACAUAAAAAGAGCCAUUGUACAUACUCACCUGCUGAAUUCUGAAUGGCUGGUCAAUUACUUUGGCUCUUUAUCUGUAGAAGACUCAAUAGAAUGCUUGAAAGCUAUGCUUAGUCAUAACAUUCGUCAAAAUCUACAAAUAUGUGUUCAAGUUGCUACAAAGUACCAUGAACAACUUACAACCACAGCUCUUAUAGAUUUAUUCGAAUCAUUUAAAAGUUAUGAAGGUUUAUUUUAUUUCUUGGGUUCUAUUGUGAAUUUUAGCCAAGACCCUGAAGUGCACUUCAAAUAUAUUCAAUCUGCCUGUAAAACUGGUCAAAUAAAAGAAGUGGAGCGUAUAUGUCGUGAAAGCAACUGUUACAAUCCUGAAAGAGUAAAGAAUUUCUUGAAGGAAGCAAAACUUACUGACCAGCUUCCCCUCAUAAUUGUGUGCGACAGAUUCGAUUUUGUACAUGAUCUUGUACUAUAUUUGUACCGCAAUAACUUGCAGAAAUACAUAGAAAUUUAUGUUCAAAAGGUUAACCCCUCUCGUCUUCCUGUGGUCAUUGGAGGCCUUCUUGAUGUUGACUGUUCUGAAGAUGUUAUCAAAUCACUGAUAAUGGUUGUACGAGGUCAGUUCUCAACAGAUGAACUGGUUGAAGAGGUCGAGAAAAGGAAUAGAUUGAAGCUUUUGCUGCCUUGGCUGGAGACGAGGGUUCACGAAGGCUGCAAUGAGCCUGCCACUCAUAAUGCUCUUGCUAAGAUCUACAUUGACUCCAAUAAUAAUCCUGAGAGAUUCUUAAAGGAGAACCAGUUUUAUGAUAGCAGGGUUGUUGGUAAAUAUUGCGAAAAAAGGGAUCCUCAUCUGGCUUGUAUAGCUUAUGAGCGAGGUCAGUGCGAUAGAGAACUGAUUAAAGUCUGCAAUGAGAAUUCUCUCUUCAAAAGUGAAGCCCGUUAUUUAGUGAAAAGACGUGAUCAAGAGCUGUGGGCAGAAGUGUUAAAUGAAAAUAAUCAGUACAGAAGACCUCUGAUUGAUCAAGUAGUGCAAACUGCUCUUUCGGAAACUCAAGAUCCUGAAGACAUUUCAGUAACAGUAAAAGCAUUCAUGACUGCAGAUUUACCGAAUGAACUAAUUGAAUUGCUGGAGAAAAUUGUAUUGGAUAGUUCAGUUUUCAGUGACCAUAGAAAUCUACAAAAUCUACUGAUCUUGACAGCAAUCAAGGCUGACCGUACCAGAGUAAUGGAAUACAUCAAUCGUCUGGAUAACUAUGAUGCACCAGAUAUAGCAAAUAUUGCAAUUAGCAAUCAGUUGUUUGAAGAAGCAUUUGCCAUCUUUAAAAAGUUUGAUGUCAACACAUCAGCUAUUCAGGUGUUAAUUGAGCAUAUUAAGAACUUGGACAGAGCUUAUGAAUUUGCUGAAAGAUGCAAUGAGCCUGCUGUAUGGAGUUUGCUUGCACAAGCUCAGCUCCAACAAGGAAUGGUAAAAGAAGCUAUCGAUUCAUACAUCAAAGCAGGAGAUCCAUCAUCUUACAUGGAUGUUGUUCAAACUGCUCACAAAACAGGAAGUUGGGAAGAUUUGGUGCGUUAUUUGCAAAUGGCCCGUAAAAAGGCCCGCGAAUCAUACGUCGAAUCUGAACUGAUUUAUGCCUAUGCUAAGACGAAUCGAUUAGCUGACUUGGAGGAAUUUAUAUCUGGUCCUAAUCAUGCUGAUAUACAGAAGAUUGGUGAUCGUUGCUUUGAUGACGGACUCUAUGAACCUGCUAAACUUCUGUACAAUAAUGUCUCAAAUUUUGCUCGCUUGGCAAUUACUUUAGUUCAUUUGAAAGAAUUUCAAGGAGCAGUUGAUAGUGCACGUAAAGCUAAUUCAACCCGAACAUGGAAAGAAGUAUGUUUUGCUUGUGUGGAUAAUGAAGAAUUCAGAUUAGCCCAAAUGUGUGGCCUUCAUAUUGUUGUGCAUGCCGAUGAACUUGAGGACUUAAUCAAUUACUAUCAAGAUAGAGGUUAUUUUGAAGAGCUUAUAAGCCUCCUUGAAGCAGCUUUAGGUUUGGAGCGAGCCCACAUGGGUAUGUUCACAGAACUGGGCAUUCUUUAUUCUAAAUACAAACCAUCAAAAAUGAAGGAGCAUCUUGAGCUCUUCUGGUCUCGUGUAAACAUUCCAAAGGUUCUUAGAGCUGCUGAGCAGGCUCACCUGUGGGCAGAACUUGUUUUCCUUUACGAUAAAUAUGAAGAAUAUGACAAUGCUGUUGUGACCAUGAUGAGUCAUCCUACUGAAGCAUGGCGAGAGGGUCACUUCAAAGAAAUCAUCACAAAAGUUGCAAACAUAGAAUUAUACUAUAAAGCUAUCCAGUUUUAUUUGGAUUACAAGCCAAUGUUGCUUAAUGAUCUCUUAUUGGUUUUAUCACCUCGCAUGGAUCAUACUCGUGCUGUUAACUUCUUUAAAAAGAAGGACCAUCUUCCUCUUGUUAAGCCUUACCUCAGGUCGGUACAAAGCUUAAAUAACAAGGCAAUCAAUGAAGCUUUGAAUGGUUUGUUAAUUGAAGAAGAGGACUUCCAAGGACUUAAAGCAUCCAUCGAUGCAUUUGAUAAUUUUGACAACAUUGCUCUAGCACAGCAACUGGAGAAACACGAAUUGAUUGAAUUCCGGCGCAUUGCUGCUUAUCUUUACAAAGGAAACAACCGAUGGAAGCAGUCUGUUGAACUGUGCAAGAAAGACAGAUUGUUCAAAGAUGCCAUGGAGUACGCUGCUGAAUCAAAAAUGGCUGAAGUUGCUGAAGAAUUGUUAGCCUGGUUCUUGGAAGAGAAAAAUUUUGAAUGUUUUUCAGCUUGCCUAUUCCAAUGCUAUGACCUUCUGCAUCCUGAUGUUAUCCUCGAGUUGUCAUGGCGACAUAAUAUUACAGAUUUUGCAAUGCCAUAUCUCAUACAAGUUAUGAGGGAAUAUAUAACUAAGGUAGACAAAUUAGAAGAAUUAGAAACUCAACGAUUGGAAGAAUCGGCUCAGAAUGAAGCUAAGCCCAUUGUGUAUGCUCCUGAACCCCAGCUUAUGCUGACUGCUGGACCAGGUAUGAUUGGUGCUGGAUAUCAAGCAUAUGCUCCGCCUAUGCCCGGUUAUCAAGGUUAUGGGAUGUAGGAUACAGAUGCUAGAAAACUUCUGAUUAUUUAGUGGAGUCAAAAAAAAAAAAGCCUGCAGGUACCGGGCCAGCACUGGAAGAAAUAGAACUAUUUAAAUGUUUACAACCUGUUAUGUGUAUAUGAAACUAUGGAUCAGGAAAAUGAUGGAUUACAAAUAGAAUAUAUGAACUUCUAUCGAAAUCAAAUGCUUCAUCUUGUCAAUAGAUCAUUUUUCUUUCCAUUGAUGUGAGUUUUGUUACAGAUCUAUUCUUCUCACUUUCAAAGCACUUAAAAAAAAUGUCUUUGAAAACUUAACAUCUUCCCAUGAGUACUUGUUCAGAUUUUUAUUUGGUUUUGGGUGUAACUCUAUUUUUCCUUGUUUACUUUUAUGUUUUAAACUGUGUAUCGGUGACUCUCCAUUUGUUCAUCUGUAACCAAAGUAAGAAAAUUAAUUUAUGAGGACUUAAAUUUUUCUAAAUUUACUUGAUAUUUUUCUUGAGUUAUUUGUUCUAUACAAGGUAGGAGGACUUAAAACUUUAAAAAAAUAUAUAUUUACUCUUGUUAGAUUGAAUGUGCUGUUGAUAUUUGCUUUGUUAAAACCUUGUUCUUUAUAAUUUUGUAAAAAUUGUGAACCCUUGUAUAUGAGUUGUCCAUUUAUUUAGUUAAACUGAUAAAUAUAUUUAAAAUCUUAUUGUAUGGAAAUUCUUUUAAAAUGGGCUUACUUUUACUUUUUGAGUGUGCCAGUCAAACUGCUUGCUACAUUGUAGAUGAUUGUAAAAUAAGAGUUGUAUCAUGUUUCACAUCUGAAUAUUAUGCCACUCGGUGUGAGCUGUUUCAGGAAGUGUUAUGUAAAAGAAACACUUCAUGUUUUCCUGUAGCUGAUUUAGACUCGAAUUCAGAUAUGCAGUGUUGUAAGCAUUGGGUUUAAUGCAUUCCGUCUGAAGUGUCACUGAAUAAAAGAAACUACACUAUCA